AUGGCGCGGGGUCACCGGGCGCUGCCUCGCGGGGCGGGCACGGACCGAGCCCUCGCUCGGGUCGGGGCGUCGAACUUGGCUCGCAGCCGCGGCCCGGCCCCGAUUUAUCAGCUCCGGGCGCCCGGGUCCUCCAAUGACUCUCGGGGACGGCGCCGCCCCUCCCCGUCUCCGCGGCGGCCCCCGCCCAGUCCCGGGCCGCGGCCCCGCGCCGACCCGCGGCGAGGGGGCCGGGCCUCGCCCCGCGCCCGCCCCCGGCCCGCCCCUCCGCCUCCGGAGUCCCCGCGCCGCGGAGCUGCAGGUGCGGCUGAGCCGCCGGCGCCCGCCGCCCACGGCCGCCGCGGCCCGGGCCGGGACCCGAGCCCGCCGCGGCCCCUCAGUUCCAGCCCACGAGAUCGGCACAGGCAGAUCCUACCCGGCAACGGGAUUCGAACCCAGCGCGUGGGGAGCGGCCCGCGCCCCAGCCCCCACCUCGCCCCAGCAACUCGGGAGCCCGGAGGAGCUCCGGGGCCCGCGCACCCCACACUCCGGGACAGGGAGCCGUUGGGCUGGGAGUUUAUGGCCGCCGCUCCUGGGCGCGCGCGGGGUGUGGCGGUGAGCCGCGCGGCGUGGGGCCCCGGGGCCGCUCGAUACGCGGAGGAAUGGGCGGGCGAGCGGGACCCGACGCGACUCUGCGGACUGCGGACCCCGCCGCAGGCUGGACUGGGUCCCGGGACUCAGCCCGCCCUGCCUGGGUCCCGGGACUCAGUCCACAGUGUCCGGGACUCGGUCCGCCCUGCCUGGGUCCCGGGACUCAGUCCACACUGCCUGGGACCCGGGACUCAGUCCACAGUGUCGGGGACUCAGUCCACACUGCCGGGGUCCCGAGACUCAGUCCACAGUGUCCGGGACUCGGUCCGCCCUGCCGGGGUCCCGGGACUCAGUCCACAGUGUCCGGGACUCAGUGCACACUGCCUGGGACCCGGGACUCGGUCCGCCCUGCCUGGGUCCCGAGACUCAGUCCACACUGCCUGGGACCCGGGACUCAGUCCACAGUGUCGGGGACUCAGUCCACACUGCCGGGGUCCCGAGACUCAGUCCACAGUGUCCGGGACUCGGUCCGCCCUGCCUGGGUCCCGGGACUCAGUCCACACUGCCUGGGACCCGGGACUCAGUCCACACUGCCGGGACCCGGGACUCAGUCCACAGUGUCCGGGACUCAGUCCACACUGCCGGGGACCCGAGACUCAGUCCACAGUGUCCGGGACUCGGUCCGCCCUGCCGGGGUCCCGGGACCCAAUCCGCAGUUCUCUCCGGAGCGCCGCGGGGCCGGCGCGGCUCGGCGGGAUUGGGGACGCGGGGACGCCCCCACGGGAUCCACUGACUGAGGGCGCCCACGGCGUGGGCGCCGGUGCCCCCGGCUCCGCCUGCCGCCGGCGGGCGCGGAGCCCGCACGGCCGUGACCGAGUCACCGACGCCCGGCGGGCAGCGCGCGCCGCCGGCCCGGGGCGCAGGUGGACGGGAAACGGCGCCGCUCGGCUCUCGCCGCGCAGGCCCGGGUCGCGUUCACCCGAGCGCGCGCCGUCCGUCCCCCCUCCCGUCGGCGAUCCGCCGGCUGCCCCAGGACGGCCGGCCCCACCGCUGCCCUCGGAGGCGCCGACAGUGACCCGCCGACACCUGCGGGGGGGGGGGGGAGGCGCGGCGACGGCCGGAGGCGGUGCCCGGGGCGGGGCUGCGGGGCGGCCUGCAGCCGGCACCCGAAGGAGAGGGGGUUUGCUGAGAGUGUACCGCCGUCGAGGCCGACUCCGGACCCCAGGGGCCCCUCCCCCAGGAAUGCAGGGCUCCCGGCGAGGGGGUGGCAGGGCCCCGCGCUUUCCCGCCCUAACGAGCUCCGCGGGUCCGGCCUGGGGGCCCUGUCCCGGGGCGCAGGUGCCCCAAUUCGGCGGCUCCCCUGGCGACCCCCCCCCUUGGCGCCUGAACGGCGCACGCUCGCCCCGGGCCCUGGACCCUUCCAGGCUCCGGGGCAUGGAGUCCGUCCCUGGCUGUGUGGUGCCCGGCCCUGGGGUACUGAAGGCAGAGGAGAGCCCCUGA